AUGGUAGCGAUAGAAACUUCACAGGAAAUUCAGAAGUACGAGCAGUUUCUCAGGUUUUUUUUUGAAAAGUAGCUUGAAUAAUCUCUACAAAUUGUUUUCAGAGAGACGGUGCAGCCGGACCUACUCAAGGCCAUAGAAGAACGGAAUAAGCUGUCUGAAGAAUGUGAGCAAUACAACUCCCUACUCGUCACAUGUUCUAAGAUCAAGGUGUCAUAUCAAACUGAGCCUCGAAUGGGAAAAAGUUUCAGGCUGCGAAUCUCAAAUCCACAGAGUUGAGGGUUGACAUUGGUCAGCGAGUUUUCGUGAACGCUCAAGUGUUAGCCAAAACUUCGGGGAUAUCCUUAAGACCUGUUUUACAGAGACAAUUGUGAAAAAGUGAUAGUCAAGCUGACGGAUGACUUAUUCGCAGAACUGACCAUUGAUAGAGCCAUAAUUUUCAUCGAGAAACGAAUAACGGUAUUCAUUUAAACCAAUUUAUGUAUGAAAUAUUCAAUCUCAGUUGUUGAAAAAAGAAAUCGAGCGACUCGGAACAGUGGCUGCGAAUUGCCAAUCUACAAUGACGUUGAUGCUUUCGUCACUUGAUGAUCUUUCGAAAACAAUCAACAUUCAAUGAAUUUUUUUUUCAAAGUUUUCUGUGACUUUAUUAUCAGCUAAUGAACGGGUUUUAAAUUUGAUGACCAAUUUUUCAAUGUUUCAGAAUCAUGGAGUAUUUAAUUAGAGAACUUGAAAAUCUUGAAAAGUUCAGGAUUUCCUCUCAAUUCAGAAUGCCUUCCCACCAAACACACCUCAAGCCAACUACGGUAAAGUCGCUGCUAACAAUCGGGAGCCGAGGAAAGCGAAAACUAGCCAUCAAUCAAGAAACGUUAGCAGUUCUAUCCGCCCUGAUAAAUCUUCUGACUAGAGUUGGCCAAAAAAAAGUAAUGAAAUGAAGAUAGUUUAUUCUAGGAACUGCUUCUUCGGUGUUCAAAGGCAAACACCAAAGGACAACAAAUAUGUCUGAACGACUUCAAGAAGGUCAUCGCCCAGCUGAUGCUCGACUUCGCAUAA